UAAUAAUUAAAAAUAUAGUUGCUCUCCAAGUUCCAAUUCGUUUCGUUUGAAAAAAUUAAUUUUACGGGUUAUUUUUUAAAUAAUUCGCAAUGUCCUGGCAAAUCUCUUAACUAUUUCGUAUACCCGUAUUCCAAUUUAUACCAAAAUGACUGAUGACUUAUCUCGUGCUGAAGCAGCUCAACGGCGACAAGAACGCUGGGAGCAUCACAUGCACGGUCUUUGCAUACUUGACAAUCAUUUGAAUGUUGAGAUGGAAAUAGCCUCUCAUCAAUCGACUGUGUUAAACCAUCUAGUUGAUCAGGCCAACAGGGUUAAAGAUUUGUGGCUUGAGUUUCAACGUAAAUCCGAUAACGGAUGUGUUUUAGAAGAUACUGCUGUACAAAUGGCCAUUGAACAGCACGGCCUACAGAGUCAUAAUUUCCAUCAACCGCAAUUGCAAAAUAUAAGAAUUAUGUCUCAACCUUUGAAUAAACCUUCAGACAUAGACUGUGAAGAUGUAUUCAACCAAGCUGUAAAUGCAGCAAUUGUUGCUAAUGGAUUGAUGACAGCUUCUCAACAAGAUAAUUAUAUGUAAUAUUUUUAUCGAAACUUAUAUCAUCAUAAGGGACAUUACUUUAAAAAAAAAAAAAAAAAAAAAA